UGGAAUUCCAGAGCCUCAGCAGACUCACCGCAGGGGACGGAUCGCCAGCUGCACGGCCGCUGGAGGUAGCUGCUGACCAGCCCUGAGAUAAAGACAGGCGAUUCCUUUUCGCAUCGCGCUUGACUGCGUCUGUACCUGUCACACGGGCAGGCCGUUUCAAUGCAUUACAGAGGUGUGAAAUCCCCGUGGAGAUGGACGCUUAUGAUCUGUUUACGAGCUGCAGGAAGGGCGACAUUUCUAGAGUGAGGUACCUGGUUGAGCAGAGAGAUGUGGAGCUUAACGUGAGGGACAGAUGGGAUAGCACCCCGCUAUAUUAUGCCUGCUUGUGUGGCCAUGAGGAGCUGGUGCAGUACCUGCUGGCUAAUGGAGCGAAAUGUGAGGCCAACACUUUUGACGGGGAGCGCUGUCUGUACGGCGCACUGAGUGACCCAAUCAGGCGCCUGCUGAAGGAGUACAAGCGAAUCACAGCCAAGGCCAUGCAGCGCGACUACUACGACCACUUCCUGCAGAGCCUGCUGGAACAGGGAUCCUUCAGUGACGUCUCGUUCUUGGUGCACGGACAGUCAUUCAGCGCUCAUCGCUGUGUCCUUAGCGCGCGCUCGGAGUACUUCAGCGAGAUGUUCCAGACCAAGUGGAAGGGCAAGAACAUCAUCGCUCUCAAACAUCCACUGAUCAAUCCUGCUGCCUUCGGUGCCAUCCUCCAGUACUUUUACACAGGCCGGCUGGACAUUGAUAUGAGUUACGUGGACGACUGCAAACGGCUGGCCAAACAGUGCAAGAUCAGCGACCUCAUUGUGGAGCUGGAGAGCAAGUGCAAGCAGGUGUACGAGUUUGUGUCAGCAAAGCCGGGGACUUGCGUGAAGGUGUUAACGCUGGAGCCACUGAAUAACUGCCAACUUCAGGAGGAGAUGGCGAUCCUGGCGGACUGUGCCCUGCCCGCUGAGCUGAGGGUGGGCUUUGGUGAACUGCCCUUUGACAGAACGGACAACUUCCCCAGCUACCCUGACAUCUGCUUCCGGGUCGAAGGUUAUGACUUCCUGUGUCAUAAGGUGUUCUUCUGUGGGCGCAGUGACUAUUUUCGGGCGCUGCUGGAGGAUCAUUUCAGCGAGGGGGAGAUGCUGCCCUCCCAGCCCAGCACCCCGGUCCUCACCCUGCACAACAUCUCCCGCGACAUCUUCAUCAGAGUGCUCUACUACAUCUACAGUGAUGACACCGAGCUGUCUCUGGAGAAUGUGCAGGAGGUGCUGUGUGUGGCGGACAUGUACCUGUUGCCAGGGCUGAAGCGGCUGUGUGGCAAAGCGCUGGCGGCGACGCUGAGCGAGGACUCGGUGCUGCCGCUGUGGAGGACCGCGCGUCUCUUCCGCCUGUCCCGGCUCGAGGACCAGUGCACCGAGCUGAUGGCCCGCAUCAUCGAGAAGCUGGUAGAGAUGGAGGAGUUUGUGGAGAUGAUCCAGGAGGACGCCAGGGCAGUGGAGGCGCGGCAGGAGACUGACUCCAUCCCGCUGGUGGACGACAUCCGUUACCACAUCAGCAGCAACGUGCAGACCUACAGCGCCAUCGAGGAGGCCAGCCAGCGGCUUGGGGCGCUGGAGGAACUGCUGGCCAGCAUCGGCCUGGAGUGCUAAGGCCCCGCCCCCUGCCCAUCCCGCCCCCACUCAGCCACUCCCACACGCCAGACUCAGCCACGCCCGCCCCUCGCUGCUCACAGGGGGAGUUCAGCUGCACCCAUCCCCAGCCACCUGCUGGAGUUAAACUGCAGCACAUCCUCGGGUCCCCCCCCCCCGUUUCACAGAAGCAUGUGGAAGAGGCUAAAGGAGCGUGUGAUUCAUGCUGGGUGUGAGAGGAUGUGCUUUGGCAUGGUGUAGAUAUGGUUUAGAAAUGAUGAUUUAGGUAUGGGUUAGGUGUAGUUUAUGUAUGGUUUAGGUAUGAUACAUAGAUAUAUGUUCUUUUUCUGCCCAUCAUCAGGCACUGUAUGAGUCCAUCCUGUUUGAGAGGCAGCGUGAGGGGCAGAAUGAUCUUUAGCUGCCAUGUUGGUGAUGAAUAACGGCAAUAACUAUCUGUUAAAUGCCUUUCCUUUCUUCAUGUUAAUUAGCUACUAAUGAAUCGACUUGUCUUUCAGUUUGU